GAAUACGUGCCUGUUUGAUUAACAUCAACCUUGUCUGUACCCUGGGAAAUAUAUAUAAACACAGGUUUGCAAGCUCAUGAAAACAUUUAUUUUGCAUUUUUGAUUUUGAUCAGACUUACCUGAGUGAUAAACAUGUUCAAGUACAUCGUACUCUUUGCUUCGGUGGCCAUGCUGGUCUCCAGUGAGACUUACAGCACUGAGAACGAUGACAUCGACAUUGAGGGUCUGGUGAACGAUGUGAACAAUCUCAGAGCAUUCAUCAACUGUUUCAACGAUAAGGGAGAGUGUAACGAGGCUGCUGCUGACUUUAAAAAGGACCUCGGAGACGCAUUCCAAACAUCAUGUUCGAAAUGUACGGAAGCCCAAAAGCACAUCUUCAAGAGAUUCCUUGAGGAGGGCAAAGUGAAACUGCCCGAGGAAUUCGCAUACUUCCUCCAGAAAUACGACUCAGAGGGCAAAUACAUUCAGCCUUUGGAACAGGCUAUCGCCAAGUUUUAGACGACUAUACGAUUCAUAGAUGAUAAAAUAACUGUUUUUCUUUGCUCUGAGAAUUAUUAGAUUCACCUGUGAUUUUUAAUAAAGUGCGAUAAUACCAUA